AAAAUCUACCGGACGAGCGGAACUCCCUGCUUAAUUUUCCUGUCUCGGUCUCACCCUCCCCCAAACGAAACCCUACUCCUCGGCCCUCAACUUUCCUCUCUCGCGGCAGCGGCAGCGGCGGCGGCGGGACCAAGGGCAGCGGCGCAGCAGCUAAAAUAUCAACCCAGGAAUGGCAAUGUCUUGGACACGAGUAUUGAAGUGUGGAAUUAUUCCAAGAGAUGUAGCUCAAUUGGUUGGGAUAAGAGGCUUUGCAGCUCAGGCCAAGGGAAAGAAGGGCGGAAAAGGUGGUGCGGCUGAUGCUAAACCUGUGCUCAGCAAAGAAAUGAAGAGUACAACUGUGUUUGGGGCAAAUAUCCUGAAGGAGGGUUCUGACCCGAAGAUCCAACCAGAUUCUGAGUACCCUGACUGGCUGUGGCACCUGGUUGACAAGCGUCCUGUGCUGAGCGAGCUGCGGAGGAAAGAUUCCAAGACACUGCCUUAUGAAGACCUGAAGCGUUUCGUCAAGUUGGACAACCGGGCGCGGAUCAAGGAAAACAAUGCUCUCACUGCUAAGAACUGAUCAGGAGAAUCUCAUCUCAUGUAGUGGUUGAAGUAAGCAUAUUGUCUUGUCUUUUGUUACAAGGUUUAUUAGUUGCUUUUUGGUAAUAAUGUAGUGACUUGGAAGUUGCUUGGCUUAGUACAAUGUAGCCUAUGUGACCAGCAUGCUAUUUUUGCCAUGUUCUUUGUAAGAUGUAACUUCUGUAUCUUGCAGCAAAUGCUGUAGCAAGUUUCGCGUGCUUUGCUUGGCUUGGUACACUGUUUAGCCUAGGCGACAAGCAUGUUUGCGUUUCAUGUUAAGAAUUUAAGAUGUAAGUGCCAUGUUUUGCAGCAGGAGUUUUAAUCCUAUCAAUAGAAAGACAGAACUAUCUGAAGUA